AUGGGAUAAAAAAAUUAGAAAGCAACACCUGUUCAAACAAGAGAACCAAUCGAAAUAAAGGUAGAUUUAAAAAGAAUAUGGAGACUACUAGAUACUGAAUUUAAAAUAAAUUAGGUAGAAAAAGAUAAGUAUAUUUCUAAGGCAAAACAAGCUUUAAAAUACAAUGAUGAUUAAGUAGCUAAACAAUUUUUGUAAAUAGCUUUGAAUAAGAUAAAGGUAAGUUUAAAUUUCUUAAGAAUGGCAAAUAGGGUUUUAUUUUUAGAAUAAGAAGUUAAAAGUACACAAGCAAAUGCUGAUGUAUUAAUGAAAUUUAUAAGAAUUUAGUUAAUGUAUUAAUUGAAUGUUGUUACACCAAUUCUGUUAUAAUAUGUGAAUAAUCAUAAUAAAAUAUAAAUCAAAUUGACAGAACUUUAGAUGAUAUAAUGGUAUAAGGUAAAGUAAUGGAUCCUAUGAUGAGUAAAUAUGAAGAUAAUUUUUAAACAAACAUGACAGUAGAUUAUAUGAUAUAAUAAUUAAAAAAAGAGGAAGCUUAACAAUUACAAGAACUAUAACCUUCAAAUAUAUAAUAUAAAUAUAUAUAGGUAUGA